GCGUGGCAUGGUACCGUGGACAGAGGAUCACGCGUGCCUCAGCCGCGCAGCUGGUCACUCCAGAGACUGUCGCGGAGUUGACCCAAGUGCCACAUCGAGCUGGCGAUAGUGUACUGGUGAACAUGAAGAGGGAUGACGAACAGCAAGCGCAGCGAGCCACAUGGAAGCAGAUAACACUGAAGGCGUGGAGCUUCAACGUGGAAUCGCUGCGUCGGGUGGGGAGGCUGGACAGCUUUGAGGUGCACUCGCUGGCGAGGUCUGGGCGAGGGCAGCGGGGCGGUUGCAUUACGGCCAUCAAUCUCAAGUGCUUCCAGAAGGGCGAGGUCAGAUGUCAGCACGCGUGGUUGGAGGGGAAGCUGCAAGGAGCACGGCUACGCAGUGUGAGCAAGAAGAGGUUCGAGCGGGACAUCUACGUGCUGAAUGGCUACGCCCCCACUAACGAGGCGGGACACGUGCCAAAAGGAACUGAAGCUGUGGAGUAUAGAGAGAAGCACCUCGAGGCCAGAGAUUUGUUCUGGCAGGUGUGUCAACGAGCAGUCGGCCAAGUUCCAGCAAGGGCGUCGCUCAUUGCCACGCUGGGCGCCAACGCACACGUCCCGCCGCUGCUGCCAUGGGUGGGGUUCGCUGGUGUGCGUAGGAAUGGCCCGACGAUUAACGCUAACGGCCACGCGCUGAUGGAGCUCAUGGGGGACUAUGGGCUUAUGACACUGAACACGUUUGGCAAGAGAGGAAUAUUCAACGGCACUUGGAGGAGCCCGCAAGGUACGUGGACUACAAUUGACAACGUGUUGGUGCGACGGCGAGGAGGAUACGGACAUUCGUCGUUCCCGAGGGCUGAUCUCCCUGUGAACUUGGGCGGCUACAGGGAUCACAGGCCAUUGGAGUCGCGCAUCUUUGCGGGUGUGAAGGCAAAGACAGUGAAAGAAACAUGCAAAUUUCGAUGGCGGAGGGAGCUCAUGAGUGCAGAUUUGUUGAAGGCGCAGCAGGCUGAGGAGGAUCCGGACAACUUGGUUAGGCCCCCCGACCGCGUGCUCAAUUUCAGGCUUCAAGUCUUGGAGGGACUUGAGGCAAAGGGGCUGCAGGAAGACUGGGCUGACAUUUGCGGGGCGGGCAUGCGCUACGAGUCCCCAUCGGAGUACUUCAAUGAGCUGGAAGGAGUUGUGAUCGAGGCGGCGAUGCAGGGCUACAUAUCACCACCAGUGGCGGGGGAGAGGAUAGGCACAGUGUUCUGUGAGGAGACGGUGAGGUUGAUUAGGCCGAAGCAGUACUGGCAGUAUCAACUGGCAGCCCUUCCUGACGGAGCGCGGCGGUUGCGGGCACACUUCCAGUCGAGGUUCAACGAGGCCUCGAAGUUGGCGACAGUGGCUAUCAGGAGUGAGAAACGGCAGAAGGCAGUAGCACUGUCGGAAGAAGCUGAGCGAGCGGCAGGCAAGAGAAACUUGAGGCGCCUACACAACAUCGCGAAUGAGUUAGCUCCCAAGCCUGCGGCCCCCAUCAUGACAGUAAAAGAUCCAGACACAGGGCUGCCGUGUUUCGACGCUGAGGACGAUCAGCGCGUGCGCACUCGGAGCAUUUGCGAAGUGCGCAACGGUCAGGCGAUGGAACUAGACGACAGACCCAUCCAGGCAGGCAAGAAUACGCGCGACGACGACAGGGCCGGCAGCUACGACAUAGAGGCUGUGAAGGAGAGCAUCAUGGCGUUGCCCAACUUUGAAGGGGGCCCCACGCUAAGGUGGCCUAAAUCUGGGCCGCCUGGAGGCGCUGUUGCUGAAUUUUGGAAGCCGGCGAUUGACACGCUUGCGCCGCCCAUCCUGCAGGUCUUUAACGCGGCUCAGUCCCUGGGCGACGCCCCACAGAGGUUCAAGGGCGGAGCUGAUGUUUCGCAGCUAAAGUUAUUAGACGACUUGCUCACGUUCGCGGAGAUCGAGGAGUACGACGAUGCAUCCAUCAUACUGGAGGUGUUGCAAGGCGAUAUUAAAGCAGGAGGUAUGCGCGUCAACACCAGGAAGACGGAGAGGCUGCUCACGCCGACGGGAGUUGGGAGCAAGAAAAGGUUGAAGGAUAUUCGAGCACAGAGCACAGGCAUCGUGACGUGGGAAGGGGAAGACUUUUUCCCGCUGCACCCACAGCAGACGGUCAAGUACUUGGGGGUGGAGCUGGCGGCGACGGGUACACACCACGUGGAGGUCACCAGCCGCAUCAGGGCCGCCAACUCCACCCAUGCGCGCUUGCUCCGCCGCGCAUUCAAGAGCGGGUUCAGCCCCAAGUUGAAAAUCACAUUAUGGAAGGCAUUGGUACGGUCGGUGUGCUUAUACUGCUUGGAGAUCGCCAACCUCACCAAGAGGGAGCUCAACAGGCUGGAGAGCUGGCAGGUGAGAAAACUUCGAGGUUUAUUGAAUUCGCCAGCUCACCUGUACAUGAAAACCAAUCGUGAGAUCAGGAAGCAGGCCCUUACUCCGACGGUUGCGAGCACGUUGUUGCUACGGAGACUGAGAUGGUGCAGAAAGGUGCUGUGGCCGGCCUUCAGGGAGCCCUGUGACGACCUGCACGACCCGACGCUUGCGGUCAGGGGGCAGUCGGGCCUGCUGACGUUGCUGCUGGAGGACAUGCGGCAGAUGUGGCAGACUGUGGACGCGCAGGAGAAGCUCGCGGCCCGUCCGCUUUUUCUGCUGCACGGCGACUCCCCUGGGCUGGAUGAGCCUUGGCUGCGCUGGCUCGCCUUCUUUGAGCCGCGCAAUUUCCGCCGUGUGCUGACUUACGGCGGUGGAAUGGACAUUGUGACUGACACGGCAGCCAUCGUCUGGCUGGAGUGCGUGCAAGCGACGGUGGGCAGCAACGAGAGCAAGAGGACGGCGGCAGAGGCAGGGGUCGUGGGCGAAGGCAAGGGCGACCAGCCCGACGUGGUGGGCCCCUUGGCCAAGGCGCUGGCGCGGCUGGUCCUGCAGCACGAGGACAUGGCGAGGUCGGCGAACAGGGGCGACAAUUUCGUGAUCCCGCUCAAGCCGAAGCAGAAGAUGGCGGCCGCGCUGGACCAGGCUCUGACGUUCUACGAGGAAGAGGGCACCAGGGCCAAGGAGAAGGCGAAGGAGAAGCAGGACAAGAAGGAUGCAGCGCUGGCGGCCGCGGAGCAGGGCAUCGAACCGCAGGCCGCCAGGGCCGCGCUGGACGAACUCUUGAAGGUUGGGAAGGUGGUGCAGGACCCGCAGAUGAAGUUCGUGGCAACGAGGUGCUUCAAAGUGGAGAGCAAGAACGACGAGGAGGGCCUAGAGACAGGAGAGUGCAAAUGGAUCUUUGCGGUGAACCACUACCCAGGGCUGAACGCUAAAUCUUACGACAUCGCGACGAGGUCGAAGGCGGCGAAGGAAGUGGAGCCGUUGGCGUUCAAGGGCGGAAAGGGUACGCAGACGAACAGGAGCAAGAAGCUCAGGAAGAAGUAG